AUGGUGCACUUACACAGCUUAAUUGAUACUAACCAAACGUUCGUGAAACACAGAUUUGAAGAAGUCAACACGACACUAUCUAAGAGUUUUGAAUUAGGUUCUGGAGUACCACAGGGCUCUUGUCUGGGGCCUUUGCUCUUUACUGUUUAUGCUAGUAAGCUAUUUGAAGUGGUCAAAGGUCACCUUCCAUCUGUACACUGCUAUGCGGAUAAUACACAGCUGUAUGUUUCAUUCAGUCCCAAUGAUGAAACUGGUCAAGAUGAAGCUAUUGGAGCUGUUCAAAGAUGCAUUGAUGAUGAUAAACUGCUUCUUAACGAUGACAAAACUGAGUAUAUUGUGAUUGGCACUAAACAGCAACUGGCUAAAGUUCAACUCAACAGCAAUACUUUGGCAAUUCAGAAAUAA